AUGGAUUUACGCUCUUGGGUGUCAGAUAAUGCCUUGAAGCUUUUGGGGAUGUCCGAGAGGACUAUAGUUGACUACAUAAUCGCAGAAGCGCAAUCUUCAAAGGGUAAGGAAGCCCUAUACGAAAAAUUGAAUCACUUGCUACCCACUGCGGAAGCCCGGCAAUUCAUCGAGGAGUUGUUUGAUCGAGUUCCUCGUAAGAGUUCGACUCAAUCAGGCGAUUCUUCCGUUAAACGAAAAAGAGAGGAACAAGAAGCACGAAAAUUAGUUGAAAGCAAAAAUUCUUAUAAAUUCAUACAAGACACAGAUCUAGUUGUCGAAAAAUCCGAAGAUGAAUAUAUUAAAGAAGAAAAAGAGAGGAUUCAAGAUCUCAAAGAAAGAGAUGAAUUUGCUAAGCGCUUGAGGGAUAAAGACAAAGAGAGGGUUAAAAAGCUCGUGGAAGAUCGAUCGUCAAAGGCAGAGAGUGAAGCGGCUAAGCGUCGGAACCUUGCUGAUGAUGCGGAUGCGCGUAGACAAAUUUUACCGGAAAUUCGCGAACGCUCUCGCCAAAUAUAUUUAAAGGAUAGGACUGAUAAGCAGCUGCAAAUGUUGGAGCUGGGAAUAUUAGAUGAGGAGACAUUUUUUAAAGAUGAGAAGUUGACAAAGGCCGAAAGGAAAGACUUGGAAUCUAAAAAGGAAAGGCUUAGAUUGACAAAAGAGCGACUUAGCUUAUCUGUCAAAAGUGAUGAAUAUACAAUGCCAGAAGAACAAGAACAAUGGGAACAAAAUCAGAUAACAAAAUCUCAACUGAAAGUUGGAGCUCAGGAUAGAGUCAAAGAAGAGGAAGAUUAUAGUUAUGUUUUUGAUGAUCAGGCCAUUGACUUUUUGGAUUGGGAUUGGAAGUUGAACAAUAAAGACGAUGAAAUAAUUGCUCGAAUUGAAGAAGCUGAGCAAAAAGCCAAAUCAAUUGAAGAGACUCGAAAAUCAUUACCUAUUUAUGCUUUCCGCGAAGAAUUACUUAAAGCCAUCAACGACUAUCAAGUUUUAGUUAUUGUUGGUGAGACGGGAUCAGGAAAGACAACACAACUUCCUCAAUAUCUAUCCGAGGCAGGUUACACCAAGGGAGGCAAAAAAGUAGGUUGUACGCAACCAAGGAGAGUGGCUGCUAUGAGUGUCGCUGCGCGAGUAGCCGAGGAAAUGGGUGUAAAACUUGGGUAUGAGGUAGGAUAUUCGAUUAGAUUCGAAGAUUGCACGUCUGAUAAGACCACCAUAAAAUAUAUGACGGAUGGCAUGUUGCUUCGCGAAUUCUUGACUGAGCCCUUGUUAGAUGGAUAUAAUUGCCUGAUCAUUGAUGAAGCGCACGAAAGAACUUUGCACACUGAUAUUCUUUUUGGUCUAGUCAAAGAUAUUGCUCGAGUUAGGCCCGAUCUCAAGUUAUUAAUAUCUAGUGCCACUCUGGAUGCCAAAAAAUUUUCCGAUUAUUUCGACGAGGCCCCUAUAUUCAAUAUUCCCGGAAAACCAUAUCCAGUACAAGUUUGUUAUACUAAAGCGCCUGAGGCGAAUUAUAUAUCGGCUGCGAUUACUACCGUCAUGCAAUUGCAUAUAUCUCAAAAGAACGGCGAUAUUUUGGUCUUUCUAACGGGGCAAGAUGAAAUUGAAAUGGUUCAAGAAAGUUUGCAGCAAGCGUGCAGGGUUCUUGGAAGUAAGAUACGGGAGUUGAUAAUAUGUCCUAUUUAUGCAAACCUUCCUCCCGACAUGCAAUCCAAGAUAUUCGAACCAACUCCACCCGGGGCGCGUAAGGUCGUCUUGGCCACCAAUAUUGCUGAAACUUCUAUUACAAUUAACGGUGUAACGUUCGUGAUUGACCCCGGUUUUGUUAAGCAAAAUAAUUAUAGUCCAAAAACACGAAUGGAGUCAUUACUGGUGGUUCCCUGUUCGAGAGCAUCUGCGGUUCAGAGAGCUGGUAGAGCUGGGCGUGUUGGUCCAGGCUACUGUUUCAGACUAUAUACGAAGCACGCGUUUGCCAAUGAACUCGAAGAAAACACUAUUCCUGAAAUCCAAAGGACCAAUUUGGGAAAUGUUGUUUUGACCCUAAAGAGUAUAGGAAUUCAUGAUGUAAUGAACUUUGAGUUUAUGGAUCCUCCCCACGAACAAGCUUUAAUUGCUGCGCUAAAUGAUCUCUACGCGUUAGGAGCCUUAAACAAUAAUGGCGAACUAACUAAACUAGGAAGACGCAUGGCGGAGUUUCCUCUAGAUCCAUUUCUAUCUAAGACAAUAAUAUGGUCAGAGAAAUAUCAUUGUACAGAGGAGAUUAUCUCAAUAAUUAGCAUGCUCACGGUCCAAAGUUCAGUGUUUUAUCGCCCUAAAGAUAAGAAGUUUCAUGCUGAUAAAGCUCGUCAAAAUUUUAUUCGCCCCGGGGGCGAUCAUUUUACUUUACUCAAUGUUUGGGAGCAGUGGGUUGAGACCAAUUAUUCAAUAAGUUGGUGUUAUGAAAAUUUUAUAGUUUACCGUUCCAUGGCCCGGGCAAGGGAUGUUCGUGACCAGCUUGCUGGCCUCUGUGAACGUGCUGAAGUAGAAUUGGAGUCGAAUCCAAAUCCCGGCGAUAUAGUGCCGAUUCAAAAGUCAAUUGUAUCGGGAUUUUUCAUGAACGCCGCUCGAAUUUCACGCUUUGGCGAUUCUUACAGUAAAGUCAAGUAUGGAGAUUCGGGAAGAAUAAUACACGUUCACCCAAGCAGUUCAUUAUUUCAGGUUAAUCCAAAAUGGGUUAUCUACUAUGAAUUGGUACUUACUAGCAAAGAAUAUAUGCGCCAAGUUAUGGAAAUUCAACCUGAGUGGUUACUAGAAGCCGCUCCGUACUAUUAUUCAAAAACGGAAUUGGAUAGUCUAAAUGACAAGAAGAAAAUGCCAAAAAAUCGACAAUCUACGCAGUCUUCGG